AUGUUCCUUCGCCUCACACAACCCAUUCCAAACCCAGGAGCUCUUUCGCCCCUUCGUUGCCGAGAUCAACUCAUCAUUUGGAAAGUAAAGCCCCUACAGGAGCUUAGCCCACAAGGCAUCGGGGUUAUCAAACAGUCUCCAAACCUGUUUUCCAAUAAGCGCAAGGUUGAAGAGAUGGAAGUUCUUGAAUCCCAAUCCCCAUUCUUCUUUAGAUUUUUCCAACUCCCUCGCAUUGCACCAAUGGAUGGACUUUCUCCUCAUGGAACCCGACCAGAAAAACCGUUUCAGGAUCGAGUCCAUUUUGUUCAUUAG